ACAGCAACCGAACAGCGGUUUUGAAUCCCACGAAGAAGAGCGGAGCCGCUUUCUUUGGUUGCGCAAGUCAAGACUGCACUCUCUAUUCAAGCUCGCGCAGUCAGGCACAAGAUCGAAAUGGCGGCGCCAGCGGAGAGGAUGGAGGUUUCUCAGGGGGAUAACAUGAUAAAGCCUGCAGCUGAAGAUAUGACGUCAAAGGAUUAUUACUUCGACUCCUAUGCUCACUUUGGCAUCCAUGAGGAGAUGCUUAAGGAUGAGGUGCGGACUCUGACCUACCGCAACUCCAUGUUCCACAACAAGCAUCUCUUUAAGGACAAAGUGGUGCUGGAUGUCGGUAGUGGAACGGGCAUCCUCUGUAUGUUUGCUGCCAAGGCUGGAGCCAAGAAAGUUAUCGGGAUCGAGUGCAGCAGUAUCUCCGAUUAUGCUGUGAAAAUAGUGAAGGCCAACAAGAUGGAUGAUGUGGUAACUAUUAUCAAAGGGAAGGUGGAAGAGGUGGAUCUGCCCGUGGAUGGAGUGGAUAUCAUCAUAUCUGAGUGGAUGGGCUAUUGCCUUUUCUACGAAUCCAUGCUCAAUACGGUCAUCUAUGCUCGGGACAAAUGGCUGAAGCAAGAUGGACUCAUUUUCCCAGACAGGGCAACACUUUUCGUGACCGCCAUUGAAGACAGGCAGUACAAGGACUACAAAAUUCACUGGUGGGAGAACGUAUAUGGAUUUGAUAUGUCGUGCAUCAAGGAGGUGGCGAUUAAAGAACCCCUUGUCGACGUCGUGGACCCGAAGCAGCUGGUCAGCAGCGCCUGCCUCAUCAAGGAGGUGGACAUCUACACGGUGAAGGCGGACGACUUGACCUUCACCUCGCCGUUCUGUCUGCAAGUAAAGAGGAACGACUACAUCCACGCACUUGUAACCUACUUCAACAUCGAGUUCACCCGCUGUCACAAGAGGACCGGCUUUUCCACCAGCCCAGAGUCCCCCUACACCCACUGGAAGCAAACUGUCUUCUACCUGGACGAUUACCUGACUGUCAAGAUCGGAGAAGAGAUCAACGGCACGAUCAGCAUGAAGCCAAACGUCAAAAACAAUAGAGACCUGGACUUCACUGUAGAUCUGGCCUUCAAGGGCCAGCUGUGUGAAGUGCUCAAGACGUCAGAGUACAGGAUGCGCUAGGGGCCUCUUAUGCCCCCCCAUUCCUCCGUAUAGUGUGUCUUUAGAGGCUGACCGGGUUCAAAUGCUCCCCCAGCAGCAACAUUUUAAUGAAUUUUUUUUUUUUUUCUGGUGUAAUAUUCUUCUUUAAAUAUUUGCUAUAUUUAAAUGUUUUUCCACGUUUCAGGGGGAGUGAGUUGGCAGUGCGCCUCAUCGUGCAGUAGUUUAAAUGUUUUGUGCCCAUCUUCUUGGGUGUCCCUUCUCAUUCUUUGCACAUGCAAGGCCCAAAAACACAUCCUCCCUUAAUAGAACUUGGACAAUUCGUUGGGCCACUGGUUAACUUGUUUCUUUGGACUGUGUUGAAGCUGAAAAUAUGCAAGUUGUUUUUUCCCCCCCCCUUCACCGACGCUCUUUCAAAAGCUGCGGUUUCUCUAAAAUCCCAGCAGAAGACUCUGACUAAUACAGUAUUAAGAUUUAAAAUUUAAACCACAAGCUAACGCCACAAGGUCCAUUUUUUAGGAGGGUGUUCUUCCGGACAACCCCACGCUUGAGAUGUAAGUGUCAAAACCUUGGCCCUGUUCUGAUAACACUUGGUUACGCGAACGAGCAUCCAUCCUGUUUGCGAUGUAUUGUGUCCAGCUUGUCCCCCUUGUGUUUUCUUUUAGCAGGUCAAACUGAAUUUCGGGAAACGAAACGUCACCUUCCAAAGUUAAACUUUUUAGUGUUUUCAUGAUGCAAGUGUUGAUAAUUGCUGGGCCUGAAAGAAGAAAAGAGACUGCUUGGUUCCAGCUCGUUGCACAGCUCCAUAAGGUGUCUUCUUGGAGCCCCUGUGUUCAAGUAUGCCUUCAUCUUUUGUCUGAGGCAAUUUGAGUCUGUCGAAAUCGAAGUCAUUGUGUCAGCAUGUGACCGACGUGACUCACCACACUGAGUUUAUUUUGAUUUUUCGGGGAUAUUUUGUCCGCUAUUUUUUUUAUAUAUAUAUAGUGAAACUAAAACUGUAAAUUAAACUUUUUUGCAUCAGCUUCAUUCUUUUUGUUUUCGUUACCGUCCAGGUAGUCAUUGUACAAAAAGUAGAUUUAUGAUUGCAAGUAAAGGUUUGAGGAAAAUGUGAAA